AUGUUACACGCUCGGAAGCGAGGAGCGAUCAUCAUUGCUCCUGACUACCCUCUUGGCCCUGAAGGCAACUACGCGGACAUUUGUGACUCUAUCCGCGACUUUUUGAGAUGGUACAAAGAAGAUGGAUACUUCAAAGACGAGAAGGACGACUCCGAGAGCAAUAGCUGGCAGGAGCGGAUCAUCAAGAAGAUCAACAAGAAAGACAUCACCAUCGACAAAGAUCGCGUGUUCGUCGAAGGUGAGAGCGCUGGCGGCCAUGCAGCAGUCAUGGCAUUGUGGAUCAACGCCGCCAACGACGGGCCGAAGCUGAGCGUCAAGUCUUGCUUACUGCGUUACCCUAUGUUAGUUCAUUACGCGCGAGACUUCCCUCCCGAAAACGAAAACAAUGGCAUGGUCAUUUACAUGGGCGAAAAGUUUACGCAAACGGAUGUCACCCAACGCGCCAAAGACAUUGUGGCUGCGAUCAACGAGCUAGAGAAAUGGGGAUUAGUUCCUACACGCAGCAAAGGGUACGCUCCGCAGAACAUGUCAGCUACCUUACUCUUAUCCAUCACCAAGCUAUGGCAGUCAGUUUUCCAGCGUAAGCACGGUGAGAAGAUUGGAGGGCCUGUCGACCCUACGAACCCCGACUACAUGGACUGCCUCGAACGAGUCGAUCGAUGCGUGGACACCGUCGACCACGACUAUCUCCCACCAAUCGCCAUGUAUCACGGUUCAAAAGAUCCCAAUUGUCCCAUCAAAUACACGGAAGAGUUCCAGCAGAUCCUCUUGAAUAAGUACCCCGUAUAUCGACGACAGGGUGCCUUAUCUCUACGUGAGGUCAGUUAUCUCAAUUGGAAGUAUUCAUUCAUGAAGGUGGGAGAAGGGAGUUCAAAGAAAAGAGAGUUGGCCUGGCAGCCGAUGGACGAAGUCGGGCAUGCUUUUGAUUACGAUUUGGAUACGGAUCGGGAAGAGUUCUUGAAAGCUACAUAUGAAGAUAUCGACAAGGUCUGGCUGUCUAAGGAUUGA